AGGAUUCGCUACCUAUACAAUUUGUGUUGGGUUUGGCCGCCAAGUCCUCAGCUGCGCCCGGUCGAUCCCUUGUGCAGUGCCCUUGAUCCUCAUGGUCUUUCCGGUCUACACCUUUGAGCUUGUCAACUUCCCGUGGGUUACUUUUGGGAGUGCGUUGGCGUGGGGAGAGUUGGUGGGCUGGGUUUGGCUGAGAAUGGUACCGAUACCAUUCAGUACCCAAUUCGCGGCGUCCAACGUAGGAAGCGCGACACUUCUCCUAAUAAUGGCUUACACGACAUGGAGGACGCUGCAUGAGGUUAUCUUCAAGCAUCGUCAUUAUUGAGCCGCGAUGUGAAGGAUGUGGUUCAGAGAUGCUGCAACGCAGGGACGGGCGUCUCAUGCUGAUAUUGCUUAGCCUGGAUUUUCAGUCGGAGGGCAUAGAUGCAGCUAAAGUUUCAUUCCAUGGAGGAAGUAUUGGUAUUUGAUCGUGGCUCGGAUGGCUUUUAGCCUGAAAACAUCUGGAGGUUGCUGAUAUGGUUAUAAACGAGUAGCUGAUGGUUGGACGAGCUAC